AUGCCGAACCCGUCGCCGCUGGCACCACCGGCAGCAAACCCUCCCAUGGACGAGUUCGACUUUGGCACCACGCCGCUGCCGCCGCCAACGCGAGCCCUGCACCGCCAUCUGAUGGCGAUCCUGCCGAUAGCGCCUACCAUAUCUGCCACCGAUGAUCCUCUCGCUCCUAGUGAAGCUCACACCCGCAAACCCGUGAGCCAACCCUACGGAUUCCAGUUUUACACCACCCCCGCCGAUCGCGGUCCCGCCGGUCCUCGUCCACCGCAGGCAGCUGCUGCCCCACCACCGACGGCACGUCCGCGCCAGCAUCUGAACCCUAACCCGAAAAUUCACAUCCACAAACCGACGCUGUCGCUGCUGGUACCCACCACCUCGUCCACCACCACCACCACCAAUAACACUCAGUCAAGUUGGCUGGAACGACUGACACCGGGACCCGACGUCUCUGCUGCAAGCAGCAGCGACACGCUGCGAGACCUUCUGAGAGAGGCAACCAAAGACUCCACGCCACGACCGCGAGCGCCGCCGCUUGUCCAGCAAACAUCCCUGAGCGUGAUCCCUCAGUUGCUCCCUCCCACACAGACCACCACCGCUCCCUCAGCUCCUAACAAUACUCUCUCCACCAACACCACCAACAACCCCUCUCGGCGACGCCUGGUGCGCAAAAAGUCGCGGAAAGUGUGUCAUGCGUGUAAAGGAGAGAUCACCGGCCAGUUUGUGCGUGCGCUUAACCUCCCCUUCCACGUCGACUGCUUUUGCUGCCAUCAGUGUAACAAGCCGUGUCUGGCUAAGUUUUUCCCUUACGAGCUUAGCCCCGGCGAUGAGCUGCUGCUCGUAGCUCUCUGUGAGUACGAUUACUUCAAGCGGCUUGACCUCAUUUGCUUCACCUGCAAUAAGGCGUUACGAGGACCGUACAUCACCGCGUUGGGCAACAAGUACCACCUUGAACACUUCAAAUGUGCAGUAUGCCACAAAGUGUUCGAGGCGGAUGAACUGUACUACGAGCAUGACAAUAACAUCUAUUGUCACUUCCACUACCUGCGUCAAUUUGCCGCGAAGUGUGAAGGCUGUCAUCUGAGCAUCGUCAAGCAAUUCGUCGAGUUAUACCGUGGUGGCCGCAACCAACAGUGGCAUCCUGAGUGUUACAUGGUGCACAAGUUCUGGAACGUGCUGAUUGAAACCGAUCAGGUAGGGCUCAAGCAGAAGUACGGCAUUCUUCACCCUCAACAGGUGCUUAAUGACCUUAAACAGGGUAACGCUGGUGAUGAUGACCCCAAGCUUCUUUAUGCCAUCGAGCUGCAAAUUGAAAUUGUGGUGAUGCAAUGUUGGCUCACGCUUUCAGGGUACGAAGAGGCUACUGCUGCCAAUAUCCUGGACAUGUUACUCAAUGCUCAUAUCUCUAAUCAGGCUCAAGGAAUCUUGGCUACCGGUAAGCUUAUCCUCAAUGUGGAGAUUUUGUUCAAGGCAAUGGACCGCGUACUUGCGCUUCAGCAACUGGAACGGGUGCAACAGACCAUCGAGCCUCCGCUGGAUCUGGAAGAUGAUCAUGUGCCAUUCCAACAACUUCGCAAGGAACCAAGAAACAUUCUGGGUAAGAUUAUGAGCUACUUAGCUAUUCUCCGCAAAUCGGUGCACAUUUCGCAACUGGGGACGCUUCUGACCGAGCUUCUACUGGUGAUCACCGGCUGUGCUCACUACCUCAAGUUGCUUAUCCGUACUGGUUUAUACAACGCCCUCGCCGUUAACCGCAUGCUUGGCCUGACCGAGGCCAUCGAUGCGUUCCUCGGGGUGAUGCGGAGCCAUGAACAGUUGUCCGAUGACGUCGGCGAUCGAGUCAAUCUGCCAGUUGAUGAUUCCAAGCUCAGCUUUAUCGCCCAGAAGCUCGCGGUACCUCCUAAUCUGACCGACGCGUGUACACUGUGCCAGAAGCUGAUUGAGAAGCUGUGUAUUCGUCACCGUGAGCACAAUAAGCGUUGGCACCCACAAUGUUUCAAUUGUGGCAACUGCCAUCGACCUAUCCCUUCUCUGGAAUAUGCUCAGGCCGGCUAUGACACUGCCGCCCUGGUAGCCCUUUGCCGCAACUGUGUUGAAGAACAUACCGGUGGGUUUGAUCGUGUCACCGAUCUUGAACAAUUGGUGUAUUUGCUUAAAAUUGCCCUCGCCCGUCUGAGAGCAGCGAUGAAGGUCAACUUUGGCGGCAUCGCUGCUGAACAACAGCGCGUGUUGCGACAAUUGCUGGUUCUGAAGCAUGGUGACGAAGCCGUUGAAGGCUACACCAAGACGCUCGAUGAUGUUACUCGACUUCGCGCCCGCCGUCAAUCGCAUAAGCUUUCGGGUCUGAUCAAGCAAAACGCUCGGAGAUCUGUGAUUGUGGAGGCUCCCGAGGCCGACAAAGCCAAACGUGAUCAAGAUGACGAACUUCUGGUGUCGGAGUUGGGCCAGCGCAAGGUGCUGCAGACGCUGUUGCUUCUGUACAACGCGCUUACCCCUGAAGAUGACCAAUUCAAUUUGAAGGGUAAGCCCGUACUCAAAAUCCGCGAAGAAGAAGGUACUCAUCAAGCUCACUUGGAUCGCACUACCGAUAUGCUUAAAAACGAAAAACUGUUGACGUUGGACGAUAUCCCUCGUAUCGUCGCCGCGGAACAAGCUCGUGAACAACGGCCUAAUGCCUACAAGCAUCACAAUUCGUUAUACCAGCGCCUGAAGCCGCUCAAGCCAGUGAGAGCUCAUCUGGGUAAAGACCAAAUCAACCCGACGCUGCAUCUCAACGAGAUCUUGGGCCAAGAACUGGAACCUGCAGUGCCUGAAGCUCCCGUGACCAAGAAGCGCACCUACUACUCUGAGUUGCUGAAAGAGGAACACUGGGUGAUGCGCCAUAUUGCCAUCGAAGCUUUUUGCCAUCUGUUUGGCACUCUGCGUGACGAAUUGUUGCCAAUCAUCCAAACCAAGAAGCCGCAAACUUUCUGGGAAAAGUUGAGAUUUGGCGCUGAGAAGACCCCUAAAGAUCAGGGAGUGUUUGCCGUUGAACUUGUUGACCUCACUAAAAAGUACGGCACCGAUCUGGACUUGGGGGUAGGGCCAUGCAAGCUUCGCAUCCCCAUCUUCGUUGACGACGUUAUCCUGGCGUUGAAGCAAAAGGACAUGCUGGUAGAAGGUAUCUUCCGGCUUAACGGUAACAUCAAGAAGUUGCGGGAAUUGACCGAUGCCAUCAACAAGCUGCCCGAUCGCCUGCCGGAUUUCGCCAAUCAAAGCGCGGUCCAGUUGGCGGCAUUGAUGAAGAAAUGGUUGCGUGAAUUGCCUAACCCAUUACUCACAUUCGGUCUUUACGACUUGUGGAUCUUAUCGCAGCAUCAGAAGAGUGCAGGAUUACGCAAGCGAGUGCUUCAAUUAUGCUAUUGUAUGUUACCGCGGAGUCACCGUAACCUUGUGGAAGUGCUUUUGUACUUCUUUUCUUGGGUGGCGCUGUUUGCCGAGAUUGACGAAGAAACUGGGCUGAAGAUGGACAUCCACAACUUGGCCACCGUGAUCGCUCCUAAUGUGCUUUUCGCUAAACCAGCGGCGGGUCUGCUGCCCGAGGACGGCAUUCACGUACGUGGCGAAGGGUUCUUUUAUGCGAUUGAGGUGCUUAACCAGAUGAUUGAGCAACACGAAGAGUUGCUGAUGGUCCCCCAUGACUUGAUGACGUUUUACGAGAAGUGUGGCUUUGAUAAAACUGAGACCUUAUCGACGAAGGAGAUUUGUGCUCGUAUAGACAAGACGCUAAAAGAGCAUCCUAAACCGUUUGAGCGUACCGUUCUGUUGUUGGCACAAGAGGACGAUAGCUAUGACGAAUUCCCCGAGGUUCGUCUGAACUAUGUGCUUAGGGGUAAUACCCAGCGCGUGGAACAGAGCGCCGAGGGUCAAAUGUAUUAA